CUAACUCGCUGUACAGUGAACUCGACAGUUCCGGGUCGUCGACAAUUCCGGGUCAAAUUCAGAAAAAUAUGUUUAUUAUUUGGAAAUGAUUUAGGUUUUCAUAAAUUUUAUAAUCAAAUCAUACUGACUAAUAACUAGGAUACUUUCACGUUGAUUUCGGAUGUUGUCAUUUGAAGAAUGGAUGUCGCAAUCACGAAACGCUUGACGGCAUCAUUUCCCACGAAAGUGAAAGCAGAUAUUAUUUGUUUACAUGCCACCGCAAAAACUGUUAUUUGUAUCAAUAAUUUAAGUAAUACAGGAAUAUGGCUCCGAAGAGAAAACGGAACAUACCUGUUGUUCACAUUGCAGACCCUGUUAGAGAAGAUGAACCAUUCCAGUGUCCUGAUUCCGAUAAACGAUCCAGUUGAACACGAUCAACAGACAAGAUGUUCAGAGAGUGUUUGUAUCAGUAAUGAUGAUGAUAGACCAGCUAUUUCAGUCAUUGAGAUACAGAAAUCAGUUAUCAAGGGGUACCAUGCUUACAAGAUUCGGCCACCAUAUACAGUACCUCCAAUGUGCUAAAGAGUUGUUGUAUCAUAGUUUGGGGACCUUUCUGUUGAAAAUGUGACAGAGUUAAAUCGUUUACAUAUACAUGCACAGUGCGUUAACUUGAGUGCAGGUAUUAGUUACCCGCACUCCAGAGCAUGCCCAUUGAUUGGUUCAUUUCGUCCGGGGUUUACAGUCAUAUUGUGACGACGCGAUGGAAAUAUCCUAUUCAGAUGCUAGUUCAUUGGUUACUUUUUAGUGAGGUUUUAUAUUGUGUCGGUGCUCUUUCUAUUACAUAAAGAAUACACAAAUAUUAAAGACAUUAAUGCUUGUUUGGUGUGUGUACCACCAUUAGACCAGUGCAAUGAAAAUAUGCACUCAAUGGUAACAGAUGCCAAAUAUUUUUUUAAAAUUAUUUGAUAUUGCUGAUCUGCCUGUAGGGCAUGUUCCUAGGUCUUUGGCAGGGUUGUGUCGUUCUGUAUUAGAUGAAGGCGGUAAUAUAUAUUUGCCGAGGCCACAGGAGAACCAAUACCCACUGUAAUCCACCCACUGUAAUCUUAUUUUAUGUAUGGUCUAAUAUGUUCCGCAUUUUUAUGUAGAUAUAUAUUAUUUUAUUCACUUAUGAUACAGUAAUUAAAUGUUAUCCUUAGCAUAUCAUUACUAUUUAUUUAUUAUUAUUAUUUUACUUUAAAUUAUUACAUUUAGUGUCUACAUCCCACAUUACAGUAAUUUAACUUUUUUUAUCAUUUGUCUUUCAAAGUUUAUCUUAAUGUGCUUCUUUUAUGAGUUUUAUGUUUAUAUGCAUGUAUGUCGGUCAUAAGCUAUACAUAGCUUAUGUUUUGUAAAGUGUUAUAUAUGUAUACCGACAAUAAAUAAAUUUUGAUUUGAUUUGAUUUGAUUUGAUGUCUUGCAGUCUAUUUUUUUCCAUGUUUUUAUAUGCAAUAUUUUAUGUUUUUAUAUGCAAUAAGUAAUUGCAGGUGAUUUUUGUUCUUUCUUUGCCUGUGAUAUAUUCUACCUCUUUCAUUUACAUUUUAUUUUUUAUAUUGAACAAAAAAAUGCUCAAUAAAAGUGUUGUUAUUAUGACAGCUGUUUUGUUGAAUCGUUACAUCGUUUGAGAUGUCCCCCGAAGACAAAUAUAAACAUUUUAUCACGUGACCCGGAAAUGGCAAGUGCGACCCGAAACUGUCAAAUAUACAGCGGGCAGAUGUAGACUCUGAAAAAUAAGUUUACCAAAUUAUUAGAAUUGUUGAAUUAUAUCAUAGUAAGGGGGAAGUAUUUGUUGCACAAUUUAUGCAGUUUAGUUUCUCUCAACUUUCGUUUCAAAGCGUCACGCUUCGGUAAUUUCGUUACUGACCCGGAACUGUCGAGUUCACUGUAUUUGUAAAAAAAAUCACUAUUUAUAGUC